CAAAUCUUCAAUCGCGCUUCUAUUUGUUCCGUACACCCAGAGGGCAAAUAAUAUUAUUAUUAAAUAAUAUUCAUCGCUCAAGAGGAUCCUGCCCAAGCAAGAUCGAGGGCUUAUUGUUCCUUGCUCCAUCACCAGGUACCGUACCGGACCUAUCUAUCUCGGUACCCUACUAUAAUAGUAGUCUACUUCGCCAAAGACUUCAGCUCCAUUUCCUGUUCCCCCACAAGACAUUAUUGUAAUCCAUCUGGCUAGACUAGCUUUCUUACUUUAAUAUUACAGUUUGUUGUGAAAAGAUAGACGAUGAAACGCCACCCUUCGAACCGCCGCAUUUCUGCCGUGGCAAUAAGCCGUGGCAGCAGUCGCCGACUCAUGGAAGAAACGAGUGGUUUGCGGCGCUGCAAUACCACGACGACGGCCACCGUGGUCAAGACGAAUCACAACAGCGUGACACCUCAUCCUACUGACAUUGUGGACCGUGCCGAGUCGGUCCGUGGUUGGGUCGUUGGCUUUUUGGGACGCAAAUUGACAUUGGAAGAAGACGAGUUGCUGCAAGACGAUUGCGCCAAGUUUGUCUCGUCGAACGAUUCCGAUCAAGCGGCCGUCAAACGGGUCAUUCAAACGCUGCUGGGGGCCUAUUUCUUUCAAGCGGCCAAUGGUGGUACCGAAGAUGACGAGAAUGCGCUUCCCAAGUCGCGCGCCAACAGCAUUCAUCUCGAAGCCGAAGCAGGCAUUGUCGAAACCAUGGCUGUCACCAAAAUUCAAGCCUCCGCUCGUGGGUUCAUGACGCGACAAUCGUACGCAUCCCAACUACAAGAAGCCAAAGCCAAACGAAUAUCCGAAACCAAAUUGAAGGCCUCGCGCAUCUCGGAUCUGACGCGGACCGAUUCCCAAGAGUUGCAGGAAGAGUUACAGACGGUAGAACCCACGGUACAGGUCGAUGCCGCCACUCUCAUCCAAUCCAUGGUACGAGGGCAUGUCUCGCGACAGCACAAUGAAUAUUGGCAGCACAAACAAAUUCAGAAAAUUGCAAUUACCAACAACAACCAGACAACCACGAAAGAUCAGGAGGAACCAGUAGGAUGUGCUCCAGUAGUAGUAGUAGCCAAGGAACCAUCCGCAACAACCACGCCACCUCCGACAAAGACCAGGGCAAGUGUCAAAACCAACAGACCCAGUGUGUCACUCGCUGCCAUUACGGAAACCGCAGAGGUCACUUUUCCGACCGAGGAAAAUGACGCGAAUAAACCUGCCAUUCUUGAAGACCAACCCACCAAACCCAUGGAAGACAGCAGUCGCACCACCAAUGCUCGCGGCAUGAUUUUGUUGAAUGAAUCUUCCGACGAACUCAGUUCUGUCACGGACAUGGUCAAAAUCAAUAUUGUCAUCAAGGUUCAGGCAUUGAUUCGAUCUUUCCUGGUCCGUCGUAGACGACGUAGACUCCGCAAAGCAAAGUCCAUUCGCAUGCUCAAGUGUCGUCCCUCCCUCAUUUUCACCGUCAAGGGGACACCCGCCGAACAGACCGCCGCCACGGACAUUCAACGCACCCUACGGGGAUAUGUGCAACGAUGGAAAUACUGGACCGCCAUGCGGCAACAACAACUCGACGAAAUUCAGAGUCUACGGGCCAAACAAUUGCGCAAAAUUGAAGAACGCAAAAAGAUCAUGCUCAAAACAACAAAGAAACAACUCUUUUUUGAUGCCACCAGUUUAGCACGACAGUUGCAACGAGCCAAACGAGCCAUCAAAUUCUUGGUCAAGGAAGAAAAGCGCGCCAUUCAACAGAAUGAUCGAUUGUCCAGGGAAAUUUUUGAAUUGAAAAAGGCCAACCAGUGGCUCACCAAUUCCAACGACACGGCAACAUGCUCCAACGACACGUUGCAGGCUGAAAUCAAUUUGCUGCAAGCGAGAAAGGAUAAAUUAAAGGCGGCCAAAACAGAACGGCAGAGUACCGUCCAGCAGUUGACCGUGGAAUGGAAACGAGUCAGUAAAGAGACGCAACUCGAAAAGCAGCGCAAGGAAGAAAUUCAAGCAUGUAUUGCUCAAAUCAAGGAGCGGGCAGCGGAUUUUUUCAAAGAGUACAAUCCCAAUUUGGAAGAAGAAAUACUGGAAUCCGUCAAGGCAACCAUCAAGACUGAAAACAGCAGCAACAAUGCCCCAAAAUCAAAUGGUAUCCAGGUGAACUAGACUAGCUACUAGUCGGCUGGAAAAAGCCGGCGGAAGGCUCGUUCGGCUUUAUCAAAUGAACAAUUCACACCAGUUUUGGCAUGGCGGAGAGUCGAGUUUUGUGUGUGGGCAAAAUGAGGUGUUUUGUGUUGGUUCCUAUCCGGGUGUCUGUAAGUAAUUGUUCGACUCCAGAUCUGGCAGGGGACAGGCAUGCUCUGCAGCCCAAUUUCUUUAUGGAUGGAUCCGGGAUGCGUGUACUCUUGUACAGUACGUACCAGAGACCGCACUUUUGCGUGUAGACACCAAUGGCAGCUCACUCGUAGCUGGGAAUCAAUGAAUGAAUCGUAUAUACGAGCAAGCAUUUGUUUAAAGGUGUGAAGCCACCAGGAGUGACAAACUUUUGAUUUAAAAGGUGUACAUGCCACAACAAGUAAGGUUAUAAUGGUCAGCUUGUAC